GCCGUCCGUUUCCGUUUGAUUCCAACCCCCCCAAACGGUUCAAACAGUCGCAGGAUCUCCUGGCUGGUGGUCGCUUAGUCAUUUUUAUCGGAUUGGCCACCUUUUUUCUUUAUUCUCUAAAGUCAAAAAUUAAAAACAAGAUUUAUUGGUAGAUUUAUUUAUAUACUUGUCCCCCUCGAGUCAAUAAUAAGAGAAAGAAAAAACUAGUUUCUUCUGACUUCUCUGCCUGAUUCCAUUAAUUAUUUUUCGAAUUUCUCGGCAGAGAUUACGUCAAAAGGGUUCCUCGCAUUUUGUCCAGACUGGAAGCAAUAAGAAGAAGACGGACAGCGGCGGCACCAGUGCUCCAUCUUCUUCUUCUUCUUCGUCUUCUUCUUCGUCUUUCAACCUCAAGAGGAACAAGAAGCCGAUGGGUUUGCCUUCAGGCCGGCCGACUCGACAACAAGUGAAAACCCAUUGCAUUUUCUUCUUCCACGAGUGUUGUUGUUCCCGUUUUGUGUAUUUUGUUUGGUGGGGAGAGUUUUUGUUAUUCGUCUCGAUUGACGUUUGGCGGGCGGUUCAUUUUCAAAUUCGAUUGUCCACAGUACAAUCCCAGCAUCGUCCGAUCCAAUUGUACUCACACCAAAAAGGAUGGAAUCGCGUUCGGGAUACGAAUUGGCGUUCACCUCCGCCGCCCCGACACCGUCUCGAUUGGGCAGAUACAAAACGGCGGCCAUCAGCUCGGAUGGAGCCCAGUGCUCUGAUGCCGGACGGGACGUUUUAGAGGAGGGUGGCAAUGCCGUAGAUGCCGCCAUCGCCGCUCUGUUUUGCAACGCUGUCGUUAAUCCGCAAAGCGCCGGAAUUGGCGGCGGAUUCCACAUGACAGUCUACGACCCGGUCACUCGGACGGCCCAUUGUCUGGACGCCAGGGAAGUGGCGCCCUUGGCCGCCACGGAAGACAUGUUCCAGUCCGAUCCGUCAUUGGCCAAAAAAGGUGGUUUGGCCGUUGCGGUGCCGGGAGAGCUGGCCGGAUACUGGGCCGCCCAUCAGCGAUACGGGCGAUUGCCCUGGUCUCGUUUGGUCCAGCCGGCUGUCAAAUUGGCCGAGAACGGGGCGCCCGUCAAUCGUCACCUCGCCGAAGUUCUGCGCCGCGAGGCUCAAUCGAUCCAGGACGAACCUUCGAUGCGGUUCUUUGUGGACGCAACGAGCGGCCAAGUUUUGAAAUUCGGGGACACGUUCAAAUUUCCCGCCCUGGCUGAAACGCUGAAACAAGUCGGACGGGACGGAGUGGAGGCCUUUUACAAUGGAACCCUGGGCGACAUGUUGAUAGACGACGUCCGGCUACGGGGUGGAAUCCUGACCAAGGAAGAUCUUCGCCAAUACCGUGUCCAGUGGGUGGAGCCCGUCCAGGUGAAGUUGAAGAACAACUUGACACUUUACUCGCCUCCUCCGCCCGGAUCGGGCGUCUUGACAGCUUACAUUAUGCGCCUGUUGGACCGCCCUGGACACCUUGAUAAUAAUAGUUCGUCGCCGGACGACGGAAUAAUGUCAUCCGACCAUCCAGUGACGCAUCACCGGAUCGCCGAGGCCUUCAAACACGCCUUCGUUCAGCGCACCAAGCUGGGAGAUCCAAGAUUCCAUCCGGAGGUCAACCAGUUGACGGAAUUGUUGAUUUCCGACGCGUUCGUCGAUGAAACUCGUUCGAAAAUCCAAGAUUCCGUCACUUUCGACGAUCCGGAAUACUACGGGGCCGUGUCCCACACUCCGGAGGAUAACGGGACGUCUCACGUGUCCGUUGUCGAUGGAAACGGAAUGGCCGUCGCCGUCACCUCGACCAUCAAUUUGCAUUUGGGCGCCGGAUUCGCUUCUCCGCAGACGGGCAUCAUCUUGAACAACGAAAUGGCCGAUUUCUCGCCGUCAAGCACGUUCAAUUUUUACGGGCUGCCGCCCAGCCCGACCAACAUGAUCCAGCCUGGCAAACGUCCGCUCUCUUCGAUGACGCCGGUCAUCGUUGUCGACUCGUCGAGCGGUCGAAUCCGCCUGGUCAUCGGAGCGGCCGGCGGCGUUCGAAUCACCACAUCCACCGUUUACGCCAUGAUUCGUAACUUGUGGUUGGGCGAGGACAUCAAGGAGGCCAUCGACAGCCCGAGGUUUCACCAUCAGCUCAUCCCCAUGACGCUCAAUUACGAGAAGGGUUUCCCCAAGGAAAUGGUGGAGGAAUUGUCUAGGCGAGGGCACCGAACGAGCGAAGAAGACACCAGGGGCGGGGCGGUUUACGGCAUUUCCGUUGUUGGUGAAGAAGAUGACGACGAUGGCGGUUGCCACCUCUACGCCAACGCCGACUACCGUAAAGGUGGCGACGUAGCCGGUUUCUGAUGAUGUGCCAGCA